UUAUUUAAGAGGACAUACACAUAUCAAGGGCCUCCUUUCACUGAGGCCCUGGGACAAUAUUUCUUAUUUCCCAUCUGGCAGCACAAGCCCGCCCCCUGUCACCUUGAAGCUCUAUAUAAGACAGCUAAAGGGCCAGAUGAUAAGAAUGUGGUCUCAAGACAAGCUGGCCAUGCAGUGUAAAGUCCUCGUACAUGUCGUCCUCCUGACUUUGGUAAAGCAUGUGUCUUCAAGUGAAAUACAGGCCAGCCCAAAUACAAAUGCAAUCCUCCCCUGCAAUGUGACGUUCCCUGAAUCUUUGAAAGGGGACAAAAUAGAGAGCUCUCUCAUCAAUGUCAGCUGGAUGAGUAACGGCUCUGACAUCGCCUCUUCAAGAGAAGCAGAGAUGCAGAUAAAGGAAGGUUUCAGUUGGGACAUCCAUGAUUUUGUCUAUGGGGACUUUCCACUGACCGUCCUCAAAGCUGGCCUCCACCUGCAGGGGGUGUAUGAAUGCACCGUCAGCUACAAAUCCACAAUGCUGCACUCCAGCAAUGUUACAUUAAGUAUUGUUGCUUCACCAACCCUGUCAGUCCCACAGCAAUGGGUGGUGUUAGAAACAGAGAGCCAGCUUAAAUGCCACGCAGAUGCUUUCUAUCCUCCACCUGUGUAUUUCUCCUGGAUCAGAGAUGGGCAAUUGAUUCAACCUCCCCACCAGGUUGAAGGUGAAAUUACUUCAGAAGGGUUUUACACGGCUGUGGGCAACCUGACCUUCUACCCAUCGCGUGAGGACCAGAAUGUGACCUUUGGCUGCAGAGUGUCACAUAACAGCAGCUUUCAUGAGCUGGAUUUCAAACUCAACAUCACUUAUCUUCCUGCUGUUAAACUUUCUGCCGUGCCAUCACACUCCAACAACAUCCCCCUCACUCUUUACUGUGAAUUGGAAAGUUUCUACCCAGAAGAAGUGUCCGUCUCCUGGCUUCAGAACGGCACAGUGCUCCAUCAGCCCCCUGACACUGAGCAGAACCCAGAUGGGACCUACAGAACCAGGCACUACUACACUUUGAGCCCCGAGCAGAGGGAGCAAGGUGGGAAGGUGGAGUGUGCAGUGAACCAACCGGGGGUGAUGCAACCGGUCAGUGGCUCGGAAAACCUGGAGACACUGGACCUCAAAGAUGAGACUCCCGUUUUGACCAAAUCGGCAAAGGCCUCUGUGGCUAUGAUGUGCAUUUCCAUCGUGCUGGUGUUCCUGCUCUGCUUUGGCUUUUCUUGGAGGAGGAGGGAUGAGAAACAGAAAUCUCUGAAUGUGUCAGGCAUCAUCCUUCCUCCACGUGUGAUUGUGGGUCAUAAGGGCAGGGUGACAGUGAGCAUCGAGGGUAGGCGGGUGGACCGAGUCCAGACUGCAUGGUUCCUCAAUGACACCCCCAUUUCUGACACGUCAAUCACAGGAACCUCCAAAGCUAACUUUAACUGCCUCUAUAACCCCCUAACCACCAUCCAUCUGCCCUACGGUCUAACUCUCACCUCCACAGCCUCAGAGAAAGGCCCUCUGCUGCCUUCCAGAGGAGAGAUGGGUUACUACAAGCUGCACACCCAGGGGCCCCUGCACUCAUCAGGAAGUGGCAUUCAACAGCUGAUCUCCUCGCUAACCUUCAUCCCCCAGAUUUCAGUCCACAAAGGGGCCGUGUUUAAGUGCCAGGUUUCCUAUAUGGGCAAAGACAAGAUUGUGGUGGAGAGGGUGUCAGAGAAGUUUACAAUCCUCUCUGCUCCAGAGGUAUCAGAAAUCCAGCUGGCAGAGACACCAAAUGACUCUGAUGUCAUUAGCAUGACAGUUCGGGCUUCACAUUUCCAUCCGGAUGUCAUCACCUUCCGCUGGUUCUGCCAGGGGAGUGAGCUGAGCCCUGUGGCCUCCCAGGCCUCUUCCUCUCCUCGACCCAACUCUGAUGGCUUCUUCUCAGCCUUCAGCCAGUGUAAACUGCCCCAGAGUGAACUGGAAAAGGGAGGCACUAAAGUGUGGGUCAGUGUCCACCACAUCGCCCUGAAGCAGCCAGUCACCCGUGAGACCAGGGGCUUCAUGAAAAGGCCGAGUGUGUCUGAUAUCGUCGGCUCCACGUCUUUAGCAGAGCCGACCCUUGGAUGUGAGAUCACAGAUUUCUAUCCCGCGAACAUUUCAGUCACCUGGCUGAAGCUCAGGGAGGGAGAGCAGGAUGACAGAGAGGAGGAGGUGAUAGAGGGAGGAGAGAUGUGGGGCCCCGUUCAGACCCAACAGAGACUCUACAGGGCCACAGCCAAUCUGAAGAGAACGGCAACAAAUCAGGACAAAAAGGAGAGAGGAGGAGGGAUUAUUUGUAGAGUGGAGCACUGUUCCCUACAAGAGCCUAUUGAGAAACGUUGGAGUAAUGUUGACAUUGUCGCUCCCUCCAUUCCUCUGGUGAUCUCGGUCUGUUGGAGCAGUGAAGGAGUCGGGGUGUUCUCUCUAAUGUUGAAGGGAGGUCACCCUAAGGUCAAGUUACUCUGGGCAGCCGGAGGAACGACUCUUUCACCCCUGGUUUCCAACGAGACAGAGGAGAUAGGAGACGAUGGACAGAGGGAGCUGAAAAGUGUGUGUGCCCUGGAGCGGUCGACAAGCCUGGCCAUUCAGAUGAACAAACAGCCCGAGAGACGGAAGAGUGGACAUGCAGUUAAAACUAAAGCUGCCGUCACAGACCCUGACGCUGAAGGAAUAGAGUACAUUGAUGAAAAAGUGGAUGUAGAGAACAACAACAUAGACAGGGACGAGGACACAAAGUCAGAGGUGGAUGAGGACAGUGACAAAGAAAUGGAGGAAGACCCGGGAGCGCUGCACAUCAACAGAGUCAACAUGAGGAAGACUCCCAGAGAAAAUGAGAGGGCACGUUUGAGAGUCAGCGUGGAGAUAACACACCCUGCACUCAAGCUUCCUGUUUAUCGAACCUGGACAGAGCCAAAUGAGGAAAUGUCAUCUUCCGCAUGAAACCUGUAAUAGGUGCUUCUCUUUUUCAUAUAAUGCAUAAUAUAUCUAAUAUAGAACUUUCUUUAGUAAAGUAGUAUGUUUUAUGAUAUCCAACUGUCUGAUGAGGUGGUUUUGAUCAAGCAUUUUUGGUCUUUAUUUAUUACUUUUUAUCAUUUUAGUCAGUCAUCCAUUACUUGUCUUUUUCUACAACUUCAUGAUUUUUAAAAAUGUUCAUAUUUUUCUACAAAGAAUUUUACAAGAAUAAUCUAUUUCUGUGGAUUUCGUUAAUAAAUCUGCUUAGAAAAAAAUUAAGCAAAUUGUAGAAGAGAUGUUUCUUUGGAUUUUGUUUUUAUAUGUGCAACAAAUUCAGAGAGGAGUUAAUGUAGAUUAUGUUGGUGUUCAACCGCUGAAAUGACUUCUCAUUUUAAAAUACAGUUCUGUAUUUUUUUCUGUUGCACUCUGACCACAGGACUGUCACUUCACUGUGAGCAGAGGGGGUGUUGCGUGGUUGGGUUGACCCGAGUAUUUACAUAGUUUAGUUUUGAACUUCCUCCUCUCAAAUUAUCAACUACGUUUACCAUGGCUUUCAACAAGUGGAAACAUACAUGUCACAAAAUACACGUUUUUAUUCUUGGUA